AUGUCUACCGAGACUUCCACUGUAUCAGUCGUCUCCGACGCUUUGGCAGACGUUGCCCCUCCGCCAGAAGCUCAGAUACCUCCGGAUUGGCGCGAGAUGGUUGUUGAUUUUGACCAAAUGACCGCCAAGUACAACGAAGAGAGAAUCAAGCGCCUCCAGAAGGCUGGUAUAGAGCAAUAUCAACAUGUGGCGACGUCCAAAGUCAGCGUGCUUCCGGAGAUGGUGAAUGAUCCAUUUGCCAAAGAAAUCGUACGUGACCCUGUGAUAGAAGAGCACGAUAUUACGAUCAUCGGUGGUGGUGUGGGUGGUGUCAUCAUGGCUUGCCGUCUUGUCAAAGCCGGGUUCCAAAAUAUCAAGAUUGUGGAAAAGGCUGGGGAUUUCGGAGGAGUGUGGUAUUGGAAUCGUUACCCAGGCAUACAGAUUGACAUUGAAUCUUACAUCUACAUGCCUAUGCUUGAGGACACUGGAUACGUCCCAAAACGAAAAUACUCUUACGGAAAAGAAAUCUACGAGUAUCUUUGCUUGCUCGCUCGACAAUUCGGCUUGUAUGAUAAGGUCUUGUUUCAGACAGGCUGUCGUGAAGUACGGUGGGACGAGGCAACCUUACGAUGGAACAUGACGACUACGAGAGGUGACCUCCUCUCGUCUAAAUUCCUCGUUUCAUCAUGUGGACCAUUCGACAAUCCCAAAUUUCCCGGCAUCCCUGGAAUCGAGACUUUCAAAGGGAAGCAGAUGCACACCAGCCGCUGGGAUUACGAUUACUCUGGGGGUGACACGGAAGGAAAUUUGACCAAGCUGGUCGAUAAGCGCGUGGGCAUCAUUGGAACUGGCGCCACAGGCAUCCAGGUUACUCCCCAUCUCGGCAGGUGGUCGAAGGAACUCUAUGUUUUCCAACGCACGCCAGCGUCGGUCGAUAUCCGCAAUAACCGACUCACAGAUAAAGAAACUUUCUCUAAACAACAACCUGGUUGGCAACGCGAGCGUAUGGACAACUUUGCCCUCAUAUGUACAGGCAAAAAGGUAGAAAAGGACCUUGUCAAUGACGGAUGGACUUCGGCUCUACAAAUCCUAUCUGGCUGGUUUGGCCAAAGCAAGACAGGCUAUACCGAGUCCCUGACUCCCGAAGAAACAGCCAGGGCUAUGCAACUAGCCGAUUACAAGAAGAUGGAGUCGCUUCGCAAACGCGUGGAGCAGAUUGUGAAAGACCCAAAGACGGCCGAGGCUCUCAAGCCUUAUUUCAACCAAUUUUGUAAGCGACCAUGUUUCCAUGACGAGUACCUCCCAACAUUCAACCGACCGAAUGUCACCCUGGUGGACACUCAAGGUCAUGGCGUGGACCGCAUCACGGAGAAGGGUAUCGUGGCGAAUGGAAAGGAGUAUGAACUCGACUGCAUUGUCUACGCUACCGGAUUUGAGUAUAAUACCGACUGGAAACUCCGUCAUAACCUCAACAUCUACGGUGUUAAUGGCCAAGGUUUCUCAGAGAAAUGGUCCGACGGCCCUCUUACCCUUCACGGAUGGGCAACUAACGGCUUCCCUAAUCUCUUCAUUGUGAACUCUGCACAGAACUCUGGCUUCCCUAACUAUCAUCACAGCCUUGAUGACCAGGCUUCCCACCUUGUCUACGUUAUGACUAAGGCGAGGAAUGAAAAGAUCGAACGCUUUGAGGUUACUGCCGAAGCUGAACAGGCGUGGAUGGAGGAGAUUUACAGAAGAAGCAAGGAUCGUACCGAGUAUCUUCUGUCUUGCACGCCUGGCUACUACAACGAUGAAGGUGCAGUUGGGAAGAAGACUGCUCGGAACAAUCCAUAUGGUGGAAAUCCCAUGGAUUUUCUGAGCAUCACCCGCAGCUGGAGGUCUGCCGGCGGUUUCCCAGGUCUGAGUGUUCGGUAUGCUUUGGCAGCUUGA